ACAGCCCUCCUCGGCGGCCUCCUUCCCCCCCUCACUGGGACACACUCUCUCUCAGAUGGUCGGUCCAGUCGAUUGGUCUGCGGGUCCAGAUAGUCGAGGGGACACGCAGCCAGACUCUCUACCCCCACUGGGUGCUGGACAGGCAGCACUCUGACGCCGUCAUCAACUUCCUCAUUAGAAUUGCCUGUCAGGUGAGUGAUUCCCAGUCUCAGUCACUCCCUGGUUCCAGCCCAGCCUCCUCGGGGGAGAUCCUGUCCAAGAGGUGUGUCUCUCUCAUCAAGACAACCCUCAAACCAGACAUCUGGCCUCACAUUGACAUCAAGUUGCCCUGGUUCAGCAAGCUAUUCGAAGGCCUGAGCACCGUAGACCCGGUCUCUCCUGCUGCCACAUCUCUCUACUACAACAUCUGCACAGCUCUCGAUUUGCUGACCUUCCUCCUGACCGUCCUCCCUCGUCCCAACACUCUUGGCUGGAUUCAAGGCUCUCAGCAAAGGAUUCACUAUCUGUAUGACCUGCGGGAACACCAAGGUGGUUCGUUUUCUCGUCCUCCUCCUCUCCCGGCUGAUGGCCAUGUUCCCGACAGAGCCAGCCUCCGCGGCCCUCGCCUCCAAACUAGAGGAGCUGGAGCCCCUCUAUGCCAGCGUCGUCCGAGUCGUGAAUGAAGGUCUGACCAACUUCGAGAAGGCCACCACUCUCAACACCUCUUCACUCCACUGUGUUCUGAUGGUUCUGAAGGCAGCAUGUAGCAACGACCCUUGCUACAUUGACAGGUUUCAGACGGUGUUCAUGAAGGUGAUCAACAAGCUGCACAAGGAGUACAUCACCUCCUCGGGGCCGGCCCCAGACUCCCAGCCCCUCUCUGAACUCCUGCAGAUCUGUCUGGAGCUGGUCAAGGGCAGAGUGACUGGCAUGCCACAGGAGGCCAGGAAAGGCCUCUUCACAAUUCUCACCAGUCUCAUCGAGAAGGCCCCGGAUGUGAAGAUUCUCAAGACACUGACAAGGAUAGUUGACGAGUGGGUGCGGUCUCGACUCGAGGUACCCCUCUACUCCCUCCCCUCGCUGCGAGAGAUCUCUCUCCUUGUCACUCGCAUGAUGGUGUUCCUUGAGAAGAGAUUUCCGGACGACUCGGAACUCAUCUCACAGUUCCUGGAGAUUGUACUCCACAUUUACAAGAGUGACUCUCUGAGUCAAACUGAGCUGACGACUAAGCUGGAGCCGGCAUUCCUGUCUGGCCUGCGGUGCUCCGACGUCCAGUUGAGGGGAAGGUUCUUUGCGGUCUACAACAAGUCCAUCCAGAAGAGGCUGUUUGAUCGCCUCCUCUACAUCAUGUGCUCUCAGAACUGGGAACAUUGUGGCACUUUCUUCUGGAUCAAACACUGCCUGGAGCUGCUGCUGUCUGUGACGGCACUGGAUCAGCCGGUGACCUCUGCACCCCAGACACCGCAGCUGCCCAGCGUGGCCUCGGUCGGCCCGGCUCAGACCUCUCUCACUCACGACGUCCCCGAGCCUCCCGCCAUCUCAAGCCAACUCCCCGAGGAGCUGAUGGAGGGAGGGAUGGAUGUUGAUAGAGGAGACAGCGGAGGCUGGGGCGCUCAGUCGGCUCUCCAGCAAGCUAUCCCAGUUCCUGUCUGAGCUGAAAUCGGUGCGGUCCCGCCAGUUCCUCCUCUCCCUGGCGCAGCUGUGCUACUCCGACACCUCGCUGGCUUACGAGACGUGGGUGACCCUCUUCCCCCGACUCUGGGCCUGCCUCUCUGAUCACCAGAGACAAGCUCUAUCAGGGGAGGUAUCUCCGUUCAUGUGCAGCGGGGCCCACGUGACGCAGAUUGACUCCCACCCCAGUCCUGUCGGAGCCUUCCUGGAGGGGGCCCUCCUCUGUAAACCACAGCCCCCUGUCAGGUCCUGCGUUCUUCAGUAUUUAUCCAAGACACACAACUACUGGCACGGAGGUGCUCUCCUAUUAGAAGACCGAGCACAGCCGCAACUGGGAAAACCAAACGAAGCCAAGCAACCUCCGUCCUAUGAUGGCAACUACUCUGACCAACUCCUGGACCCAUUCAGACAGGAGACGCUGGACUCUCUGUCAGACGUGUAUGCCUCUCUGAAUGAGGAGGACUUGUGGGCGGGGCUCUGGACCCUCCGCUGCCAGUUCCCACAGACUGUCACCGCCAUUGCCUUCGAGAGCCAGGGACUCUUUGAGCAGGCGCAGCAGUCGUACGAGAGUGCUAUCAAGCAGGCCAAAGACCUCCACGACACAGCGGCCGCUCCUCCGUCGGUCAUCUCAGAGUACGAGGUGUGGGAGGCCAACUGGUGUCGCUGUGCCCAGGAACUGGGCCAGUGGGAGACACUCAGUGACUUUGGCAGGAGCCAGAACGGUGCCAACCCCUUCCUUGUAUUGGAGAAUGCAUGGAGGAUCCAGGACUGGAUAGCCAUGAAAGAGGCGUCGACGCAGGCCGAGCCAAUCUGCUCGGAGGCCUACAGCUCCAAACUGAACCUCCUGAGAGGGUUCCUGGCGCUCUGCUAUCCUGACGAACAGCGGCUGAGUGCCGUGGAGAAGCUGAUCGAAGCGGCCAGUAUUCAGAGUAUCAAACAGUGGAGGAGGUUCCCUAAGAUAGUGGCCAGAGCUCACGUCCCUCUGCUGCAGUUGUCCCAGCAGAUCAUGGAGCUGCAGGAGGCUCACACGGUCCACAAUGGCCUCCAGAUGGGAGGUCUGACCAGACAAAACUUCCACACUGACGUCAAAACCAUCUUCAAGACAUGGAAGAACCGACUGCCCACCUGUUCAGACGACCUGAGCCACUGGAGUGACAUCUUCUGCUGGAGACAGCUCCACUACAAACAUCUGGUGAAGGCCUACGAAAACAGCCCGAAUACUGAACAGAAUAACCAUGCGAUGGUGGUAGUACAUCACUCAGCGACGGCAAUCAUAGAGUACGCCAAGAUAGCCCGCAAGCAGCAUCUCCACUCUGUGUGUCUGGAUUCUCUGAGCAAGAUACACAGCAUCCCCAGUGUACCUGUCCUCGACUGCUUCCAGAAAAUCAGACAACAGGUGAAGUGCUACAUUCAGAUGUCAGGAGUAAUGGAAACGUCGGAACUACAAGAUGCUCUGGAGGUCAUAGAGAGCACUAACCUCAAGUACUUCACUAAAGAGAUGAUCGCUGAGUUCAUGGCACUCAAAGGAAACUUCUUGGCCCACAUUGGCAGGUCAGAGGAUGCUAACAGGUCAUUCAGUGCCGCCGUCCAGCUCCAUGACAGUCUAGUCAAGGCCUGGGCUCUCUGGGGUGACUACCUUGACCAACUCUUCACUUCGGACAGGAACCUGACGCUGGCUGUGUCUGCCCUGACGUGUUUCCUCCAUGCCUGUCGGAACCAGGGAGAGGGCAAGUCGCGGAAAUACCUGGCCAGAAUCAUCUGGAUGCUCACCUUCGAUGAUGAAAAGAGCACACUGGCCGAGACUGUGGAGAAAUACUACAUUGGAAUAUCGCCAGUUCUCUGGCUACCCUGGAUUCCUCAGUUACUCACCUGCCUGGUUCGCAAGGAAGGUGGCCACAUCCUGAACUUGCUGUGUGGCGUGGGAAAAGCCUACCCUCAAGCGGUCUACUUCCCCAUCAGAACACUCUACCUCACCCUCAAGAUGGAACAGAGAGAGAAACACAAGGCAGAUCAGCAGUCCAAGGCGUCGACUCCGACCGCUACCACAGCCGGAGAGUCUUCCUCUCAACACGGAGUAGGAGGAGGAGAGGGAGGAGGACAGGCGGAGCCUAUGGACACCACUCUCUCCACUGGAAAUGGAGCACAGGGGGUUAAAAUACAUUCUGGACCUGAUUUGUCCCUGGCAAAGCAGCUGAACCAGGUGCAGCUACUGCAGGCCAAAAUCACCGCCAUCACAUCUCAACUGCAGCUCAAGACUGGCCCCGCCCCGAAUGCCACACCCACCACUCAGCCUCAUGACCCAGCCACAGGAGUCCCGGCGUCCUCUUCUUCCUCGGUUUCCACUCCGUCAACCCAGGCCAGUGGAGGAGGAGGAGGAGGAGGGGAGUCGAUUCCAAUCAGAGCUCCAGCCUCUCUGUGGAGAUGCAGUAGGAUCAUGCACCUGCUGAGGGACCUCCACCCCACUCUCCUCUCAGCUCUGGAGGGAAUAGUAGACCAGAUGGUGUGGUUCAGGGAGAACUGGUAUGAGGAGCUCCUGAGGCAGUUGAACGAAGGUCUCAUCAUGUGUCAGGCUGCAGCCUUUGCCAGCAGAGCUGAUGUGGCCAAUGCUCAGAUCCCACCAGAGAUGUUCCAGUUUGUCAAACGUCUCGUCAGCACAUUUGGCAUAGGUCUGGAACAGUCUGGCAGUGGUAGCAGCGGCACGGGAGGGGGAGGGGGUGGGGGGCCAAUGUCGCACGAGUCGCUGGCCAAAAGAGCCCAGGCAGCUGCUCAGGACCCUGCCUUCCAGAGACUCAAAGCUCAAUUCGCCUCCGAUUUUGACUUCAGUGCUCCAGGUGCAAAGAGACUCCACACACUCAUGGCCAAGCUAAAGAGAUGGAUCAAAAUACUUGAGCUCAAAACAAAGUCCCUCCAAAAGUCAUUUCUACUGGAGGAUCGCUGUCGGUUCCUCAGCAAUUUCUCCCUGGCCACGGCUGACAUGGACAUCCCUGGAGAGUACCUGAUGCCAAAAACCAUGCCUUACUAUGUCCGUAUCGCCAGGUUCAUGCCUCGCGUGGAGAUAGUUCAGAGACACCACUCCACUGUUAGGAGACUCUAUAUACAGGGCGACAAUGGGAAGAUAUAUCCCUACUUGGUGGUGAAUGACACACAAGUGUCACGCUGUAGAUCAGAGGAGAGAGUGCUGCAGCUACUAGCCAUGAUCAACCUCUACCUCAACAAGAACAAAGAGACGAGUCGGCGCUACCUGCAGUUCGCGGUGCCCCGACUGGUGGCAGUGGCUCCUCAGAUGAGACUGGUUGAGGACAACACCAGCAACAUCUCCCUCACCGACAUCUUCAAACAGUACUGUGGCUCAGCUAACCAGGAGUGGGACUCACCGAUGGUACAGUACUACGAGAGACUGGCCCUCCUGCAAAGCCAAGGAGAGAGCAUCACUCCCGAGACGUUGCAGACUCUGUUCUCUCAGAUCCAGACAUCGCAUGCUCCCCAGACCCUGCUCAGGGAGUGGGGAGAGAAGUCCUACGCCACUUCCACUGACUUCUGGACAUUCAGAAUGCAGUUCACCAAGCACCUGGCUCUGUGUGGGAUGGCAGAGUUUGUGUUCCAUCUCACCAGACUGGAGCCGGACCUCCUCUACAUUGUCCGCAGCACUGGCUGUCUCACUCAGGCCUUCCUCACCUUCGACAUCAACAAGAAAGGUGAAUUGGAUGCGAAUCGCUCAGUUCCGUUCCGUUUGACUCCAGCCAUCCAGCACCUCGUCUCACCCAUCGGCAUAGCGGGCCCUAUGCACAUGAGCAUGGUGGCCUUUGCCAGGUGUUUAGUUCAGGCCAAUCACAGUCUGCCCAGCAUCCUGCAGGCCGUCCUCAGAGAUCAGUUUAUCACCUGGCAGAAGAAACAACAAGAAGAGCAGUCAAACACUUUGGUCAGCACUGCAGACAUUGACAAUGAAACAAUCAUCUCAUUAGUCACAGGGGCAGUCAGUGCAAUCCUCACUCGUCUUCACAAUUUGGCAGAGUUUGAAGACGGAUCUUCAAAAGUCUCAACCUUCAUUUCAGAGGCUGGGAACAUCAGAAACCUCUGCCGUAUGGACCCAGCCUGGAACCCCUGGCUAUAGGUAUCAAAUACUUUUCUUCCCACCACUACUCACUGACUUAGUUUAGUGAUGUUAUCUUUAUUGCACUGUAUAUACGUACGUAAUGCACUGUUUCUGAAUGUAUUGUGAUGUAAUGUAAAGUGCAAGUUUUGGCAUUCAUCUGUGAUUGGUG